GCGGAGCGGAGCGGAGCGGAGCCGCCAUGGGGGUGGAAGGCUGCACCAAGUGCAUCAAAUACCUGCUCUUCGUCUUCAACUUCAUCUUCUGGCUGGCCGGAGGGAUCAUCCUCGGGGUGGCCCUGUGGCUCCGUCAUGACUCGCAGACCACGAACAUCCUGUACCUGCAGCUGGGGGAGAAGCAAGCCCCCAACACCUUCUACGUUGGGAUCUACAUCCUCAUCGCCGUGGGGGCCGUCAUGAUGUUCGUGGGCUUCCUGGGAUGCUACGGCGCUAUCCAGGAGUCUCAGUGCCUUCUGGGGACGUUCUUUACUUGCCUGGUGAUCCUGUUUGCCUGUGAGGUUGCAGCUGGAAUUUGGGGUUUUGUCAACAAAGACCAGAUAGCCAAGGACGUGAAGCAGUUCUACGACCAAGCGUUUCAGCAGGCGCUCAUGGCAGACUCGGACUCCAACAACGGCAAGGCCGUGGUGAAGACCUUCCAUGAGACGCUGGACUGCUGCGGUCCUGAUGCCGUAACRGGAGUCACCACUGCCUUAUGGAAGGACGAGCUGUGCCCGAAGGACUCCYUGAUGAAAUCCUUGCAGUUUUCCUCAAACUGUCACCAAAAAAUUGACGAGCUGUUCUCUGGGAAGCUGUACCUGAUUGGCAUUGCUGCCAUCGUGGUUGCCGUGAUCAUGAUCUUCGAAAUGAUCCUGAGCAUGGUGCUGUGCUGCGGCAUCAGGAACAGCUCCGUGUACUGAGGCCGGAGAGCCGGGGAGGGGAUGGGAUGGGAYGGGACGGGAGAGCAGGGCGGACGGCGCUAGAGGGGACCCCAAGUGCCACCAAGUGACCAGGAGACAUUUCAACAAAAGAAAAGCAUGUAUAUAAAUACUUCAAUAUUACCAUGCAGUACUUAUCAUUUUUUUGAAGUACUUUUUUUUUUUUUUUUAAUAAAUAAAACUUUCCCGUAUCCUUGUGGCUGAGUUAGUUACACAUCAGUUUUGUGUGAUAGGGAAAGCUGCUGUAGCAGGAGUUUUCAUCCUCCCUGCCCCUUCCCCUUCAGAGAAAAUCAGAGCUGAUAUUUGUGGAGGAUACAGAGCAGAAGGCUGCAGCCUGUUCGCAGAAAUCUUUGCCUUGUUUUUUACUCUUUUUCAAUACUGACUUUUGUUUAUAUAUAUGUAUAUGUACACACACGUAUAAUUGGACACUGAAGCAAGAUUUAGCAUUGUUUUGUUCAGUUGUUCUCAUCUUUUUCCUCCCGUCACCCCAGCUCCCUGGUGCUUCAAGCUAUAGGUAGGCCAGGCUGGCUGUAACUGCCUGCAGCCUGGUAGGAAGGAGAGGGAACAGCCCCGGGUGAGAUGUCCCCGGCGGGGACAGCGGGGGCUCUUCCUAGCAAACCUCUUUGCAUUGCUAGAUUAACAGAACAUUUAAUUGUUCAGACUCAGAAGAGUUGGGGAUGUUUUCAGCUUUAGGUUUUCUUCUGGGGCCUGUAGCUUUAUAAAUUGACUCAUUUACAUUGACUCAUUAAAGGGUCAGUGACUGGGGUGAAUUUAGUCUUUGAAAAUUAAGUAAUUUUUUUUUUUGUCUUUUUAACUUCCUUGAAUGUUUCUUUAUAGACAUAUUAUGUUUUUGGGAGAGUCUAGUACUGUACUGAGUUUUCAGUGUUAUGCUAAUACUCAUAUACAAAUGUUAUUGGUAAAAAAUAAUUWAAAAAAAGUCUUUAACCUUAAAAAAAACCCCUUUAUAUUAGACAGGAUGACUUUUGGGGAUUCCCUGCCAUAUACAUACACACUUAAAAUGUAAUCUUGGCAUCAUUUUCUUGUUCAGCCCAAUUGCCCUUGCUUGUAGCAUUUUGUCCCACACACUAGCAUUUGCCAGGAAAUUUUCAUAAUGUUGGAAAAAAAAAUGUUUAUUUUUAAGACCUUCCAUCCUCACUGAUCCUAAACGUAGGAAAACAGCUUAUGAAAGCAAGGGAAUUUGGGAUUUUUUGACGGCACCAGUUGCAACACUUUGUGACCCUGCUGUGCUUUGGUUGCCAGUGGGAUGUAUGUGGCUUCUGCCCUGGCGAGGUAGCGGCACAAUGUACAUAGAGGGGCAGAGUGACCCAGGUCCUCUGUAAUAAAGUUAGAGUGUCUCUAAAAAGAUGAUCUAUAUGUAUAGUUCUAUAGAUAUAUAUUUUUAAGCAGAGCCUUUUUCCUUUCUUUAUGGGCCCUUGAGCUGGGACUGGUAGCCUCUUCCAGCUCCUGGCCACAGCGAAGCAGAUGAGAGGAGUUAAAAACCUGUGACCACCUUCCUCACUUGGGGAAUAUUUCUGUUUCUUAAAGCGUUUUGCUCUCCCCCUCACCUCCAAGUUGGUACUCAGGACACCAGAGCGGGUAGGGAGGAAGACCCGUGUUCACUGUGAGUGGGCACCUUGUGUGUGGCAUGCGGGUACCGCAGCCCUUGCCRAAACAGGAGAGGAAAUUCCUGCACUGGGGCAACCUGAUCCCCUCGGAAGCUUUUYUCCCCUUCUACUCAUCCCUUUUCUGCUCUUGUCUUUUAGUAUAUAGGGCCUUUAAGAAGUAUAUAAGCAUAUAUAAAUAUAUAUAUAUCAAGUUGUGCUGAGUAAGGGGAGGGAGUGCUUCAAGAGACCUUCAAUUCGAGGGGGUUGGACAAGAAAGGAUUCAGCCUUAGAAACAGCCUUAAAGCAACACUGCCCUGAAUGUCCCCUGCGUGCACGUCGAGAAGGCCCCUCGGUUCCGCGGGAGGCCGCCUCUCCCCCUGCUCCCCAGCGCGGGUCCUUCAGGCCAUCUACUCCCUUGUGUGGCUAUAUGUAUACGCAUCACCCAAGCAUGUGUGUUUACAUAUACRUGCAUCAGGAUUGCUAGCAUACAGGAUGGAUGUGUAACUUGCCGCCUCUUUUUGUUGACUGUUGAUAAAUGUGUAUAAAUAUGCCAUUAAGCGUUUCAGUUCUGUUCUUCUUUCCUGACGCURUAUUUUCGAUAUUGUUCAGUAUUCAGUUGAUGCUGUGUAAGUAGCUGAGGCUCUGUUUGAAGAGGGAUGGGGUCUUUCCCUGCAGAUAAUUCACUGAGGGGCAGGCACGUCCUUGGGCA